CGAUUGGCUAUUUUGCUGGUGACAGUAUUGCAACAUCAUAAUGCUGACAAUCUGACCCAACGUAUUGUGGUAUUCCUUCUAAACUCUAUGGCAUGUCAUGUCGAAGGCGAUCAGAAAGUUCAAGUUGGCAGCUUCGGAGCUAUCGAGAUGAUUCUUGAUCAAAUUCGACGAAAGCUCACGACCAAUGUUUGCGAUGAUGUCAUGGAGGUUGGAUGGAGUUUCCUGUGGAACAUCACUGGUGUGUCCAUCAAUGAAACACCCGUAAACUGUGAACGUUUCUUGAGGGCUGAUGGUCUACAUCUGUUCCAUAUGUGCUUUGACGCAUUCCGAAAUGAACGAGAGCUGGUUCGUAAUAUGAUGGGCUUGAUUGGAAAUAUUGCUGAAGUUGAUGGUUUGCGUUCUCAGCUAAUGAAUGAUGACUACGUCAAGAUUUUCUCAGCUCUCUUGGAUCUUGUGGAGGACUCCAUCGAGAUUAGCUAUAACAGCGCUGGAGUUCUCGCUCACAUGGUCAGCGAUGGAGAAGAGGCAUGGAGCUGUCUGACAGUACGAAGAGAACAGGUCAUGGCUAGCAUUGUUAAGGCCACUGAGUCGUGGAGGCUGGAAACAAAGCGGUUCAUCAACUACCGCUCAUUCCGUCCAAUUCUUCGCCUUUUGCCUUUAUGGCAUGCAUACGCCAGCCAACAUUGGGCCGUAUGGGCAUUGGCUAAUUUGACAACCACAGAUGGGGCUAAGUAA